AUGCAUCCCAGUUCAACGAGCACGACGCCUUUUUCAGUGAAGGAUAUUUUAAAGCUGGAGCACCACCAUGACUUUGAACACGAGUUCUUGAUGACCGAUCAAGUUGUCCCGAUGUAUUAUUGGCACGUACACGGUGCGUCCCGGAGCAGGGACAUUUAUGAGUCCCAGCCUGAGCCAUGCGUCUCUGGGAUGCAGGAGAAGCUCGAUACUCACAACUCAGCAGCCGAAGACGAGAUAAAUGAACAGGAAAUAAGCGGUCUAGACAGUUCACCUGACUGUGGCAAGGACUCAAAAAACAGACCCAGGCAGCGCAGGAAGCCCCGGGUCCUCUUCUCCCAGUCCCAAGUGUCCGAGCUGGAGAGGCGCUUCAGGCAGCAGCGCUACCUGUCCGCCCCGGAGAGAGAGCAACUGGCCCACAUCCUCAAACUCACCUCCACACAGGUCAAAAUCUGGUUUCAGAACAGGAGGUACAAAUGCAAGCGCCAAAGGCAGGACAGGUCUCUGGAGCUGGCGGGGUAUCCACCUGCACCGAGGAGGGUGGCGGUGCCGGUGCUGGUGCGGGACGGGAAGCUCUGCAGCUCAAGUUCACACUCAGCACCGUAUAAUGUGACUCUUGGACAUUAUAAUCCCGUGUUUGGAUAUGGAAACGGCAGCGUGUAUGGCUGCAGUUAUCACAGUGUGUCUCCUCCAGCCAGUAUGUCGAAUUACCACGUUAACAGCGAGGGGCCCUUCAACCACGGACAUUUCCAGGCUUCAUUACAGGGUGUCAAAGGCUGGUGA